UUCUUCUGUCUGCUUUGCUGGACAGAAGAGAUCGUCCCAGGAUGAUUACGUGUUUUGUUUUGUUUUUUUAAAUAAAGAAUUAGGAAGCACAGGCAGGCAAGGCAGAUUAGAAUCCCGACAGGAUAAUUUCCGCUUCCGGUGCCAAAGGUCAAGUGGAAUGUAAACACGGCUCCACGAAGUGGCUUUCAGAAUGGCUUCCUUUGGGUGGAAGAGGAAAAUUGGUGAGAAGGUAUCCAAGGCCACGUCUCAGCAGUUUGAAGCAGAAGCAGCUGAUGAGAAAGAUGCAGCUGAGAAUGAGGAUGGGAACUGGCUUCACGCCAGCAAGCGGAGGAAGGAAACCCUGCAGGAGAGCUGUAAGCAGAGGAGCAAACAGCUGAAGGAUGAAGGGGCUCAGUUGGCUGAAAACAAAAGAUACCAGGAGGCAAUUCAGAAGUGGGAUGAAGCACUACAGCUAACCCCAGAUGAUGCCACCCUUUAUGAGAUGAAGUCACAGGUCCUGAUGUCUCUUCAUGAAAUGUUUCCAGCAGUACAUGCAGCAGAAAUGGCUGUCAAGCGUAACCCACACUCAUGGGAGUCUUGGCAAACAUUAGGUCGAGCUCAGCUUGGAUUAGGAGAGAUAGUCCUGGCAAUUCGAAGUUUUCAAGUAGCCCUCCACAUAUAUCCAAUGAACCCUGAAAUAUGGAAGGAAGACCUUUCUUGGGCAAGAAAGCUCCAGGAACAGCAGAAAGUAGCACAGAGGAUUGAAAAAAAAGAAAUUCCACCGGAAGGACCAGAUCUCUCCCCAGGGUCAAUCCCUGACUAUGACUUUGAAAGCGAUGAGAUUGUUGCUGUUUGUGCAGCUGUGGCAGAAAAACAGAAGUCGGUGUCUGCAAAUAAAACAAUGGUUAUUGUGUCAGCCUCUGGGACUGUAGAGAUCGUAAAUGAGAAGGAAGAUGGCUCUUCCACCCCAGAUGGCUCUGUCUUUAUCAAAGCCCGAUGAAGCCAUACACAAUGGAAAGAUGUUUGAAUCUUUUCUUUCUUUUUCUUUUUGGUUGCUGCUUAAUACUUAGAUGACAAUGCACUGUGGAGGAAGAGGGGAAACAAGUCCUGUUUUAAAACAAGUUUUUUUAGAUGAAGCAUACAAAAAUCAAGUUGUGGAAUUAUUCUUUAAUGAGUGGACUGUGCUUCUGUGACUUUCACUAUAUACUUAAGAUUAGCAUCUUAUGUGAAGUGUGUUUCAAUUGAUAAGCAUUUAAUUUGACUGUAUGGGAAUGCACCCUUAAAGACACAGUUUGGAAAGUGAGUUCUUGAAUAGUAUAACUGGACAGGCCGUUACUGCAGCGCUAACAUGGAGACUUUGCUUUGUGAUAAAGGAAGUGUGCGAUUUCUUUCCCUCCUGUAAAUCUGCUAUUGUCAGUCUCCCAUCUUUCUUGCUUCUCUAGUGUAAGUUUUCAUCCAGAUUGACUAUUUCUGACAUUCAUUUGGAUUCAAAGUUAUCACUUUGUUAUAUGUGCAUAUUUGAAAUAUUUGAAGUCUGCCUAAAAAUGCAUGCAGAUGUGUGUCCUGAACAUUUCUUUGAAGGUUUUGUUGUUCUAAUGUUCUAAUUUGUGCUUCUGUUUUGACUUUAAAGUUAUGAAGUGGUAAGUGUCAUCUUCAGUACUUGAUAACUGGAUACUGGUGUGUCAGAGAUGGAUUCAUUUUACUGUUAAGAUUGAGUCAUCUUUACCACAAGUCAGUCUUUUGUAAAGAUGAAUGACAUUUGCAGAUUGUCAGUAAAGUCUACUCCUGCAUUAUCCUGAUCAAAA